CCAGCGGCGGGACAAACUAAAGCGCGUUCCCUUCUCCGUCUCCGCCCUAACAAAAUCGUACCAACUAUGGGCAGCUCCCCGGAAGCCGUUCCCCCUGGGUGGGAAAAUCUCGGCCCCCCGCCACCGCCCGUGUCCUCUGCCCCUCCUCCGCCUCCUUCUCCAGAAAUGGGCCAAAUGGUCUGCGGCAGUUGUCGUGAACUACUUUCAUAUCCAAGAAGCGCGGUUUAUGUUCAGUGCCCAUGCUGUAAGACAGUAAACUUUGUGUUAGAAGCUCAUCAGGUUGGUAAUGUGAAGUGUGGGAAAUGUUGUAUGUUACUGAUGUACCCUUAUGGAGCUCCAUCUGUUAGAUGUUCUUCUUGUAGUUUUGUGACUGCAAUUGGGGCACACAAUAUUCGGCCUCCGGUCUCAGUGCAGCAAGGCCAACUCCCCCCACCUCAAAGUCCUGUUCAAUAGAACAUGUUACUGCAUAGUUCUUUCAAUCUGUUUAUAAGUGACAGAGCAAUGCUGUUACCACUCCUCGCUCAAAUUGGCUGGCAAAUCUCCUCAAUCACCAGAGAGAUGCUGUCCCUGGCGCGGAAUACCAUGCAAGUGUCUUAACAUGGAUUACCAGGCUGCUAAAUGUGCUUGGAAGUUGGGACUCAUGAAAUUUUGUGUCUUCAUAUAAAUUAUGUAGCUGAUAAUAUCAUGUGCUGCUUGAUGUGAACACAUUAGGAAUCUAUCCUGUGUAAUCUUCUGAUCUUCAAUGAAUGUUUAUCAAGUGGGAUUUCAAGAACAAAUUCAAGACAUACUCUUUUCUCUUCCCACAUUUUUUAAA